AUGUUAUUAACCCUCGAUGAUGAAACCCAGAAGAUGACGCAAAUCGCAAGGUUGAAGGAGAGCGUCGACAAGUUGCAAACUGAAGCAGCUUUGCUGAAGACGAAGGAGCAGACUGCUCAGGACGCAGCUCGAAGAUUGCAGAGAUCCUUGAGGGAAGCGAAAGAAGAGGGAGCUGCGGUAGCAGCUCGAGAACAGGAAGCGACGCGGGCUCGUCGUGAUGUGGAAAAAGCCCUGGAAGCUGCUGAAGCAGAAACCAAGGUCGUUCGAGACGAUCUGAGACUUGCAUUGCAGAGGAUUGAUGAUUUGCAGAGUGCAAUUCAAGGCGAUCUGGACCUGGAUUGCAGUGAGGAAGCGACGAGCGACAACAGUGAUAGGUAA